UUGACAUCUUCUGUCCCGAGUCUGAAAAAUCCCAUUACGAAUGGAAGAUAUUUGAAUACAAUCAAGAAGCAAGAAGCUUUAUGCCGUUUACCGAUAUAAGUUCUUACGGAGAAGCUUCCAUGCGAGAGUUACGACUCCAAAAGAGGGCUUUGCCGUUGGGAUUAUUCAGACUAAGUUUGAGCGUGAACAUGACUGGAGAUGGCCUGGAUGAUUUCUUUGCAGCUGCAGAGGGAUAUAUUAGAACAAUAAAAUCUCCAUUGGUUGCUGAAAUCAAUGGAGGAAGCGAGAUAAGAAGGACUUUCGGGUCAUUGGUAUCUUUAAACGCUCUGGGCUCUCAUGACCCUGACAUCGGAGCAGGGAAUCACUCAGGAAUGCGUUUCUUGUGGCUUUGUAGGAAUAUCUCCGAAAGAUUUCCGGACCUACUGGAAGAUAUUAUCAAUGGUACCGCAGAAUAUUCGAAUUCAAACCUUUCCCCUAAAUUUUCUGUCAGUUCUGAGCGAGGUUGUUAUCGAAAUGGAGAGUACAUCAUUUCAAAUAGAACACACCUUAACCUAGCGACAUCUCGUAUGACAGCUGAAGAAAAAUAUCACAUAGAACUGGUAGUGAGAAAGGACAGCAGAAGUAGUUCAACAACUCAGUUAUUGGAGUUGAGUGUGGAGGACAUUCCAGUCUUAAUCAUAAGGUGUGUGGUUAAUUGCGACAACAAAGUCAAUCCUUCGGAAAAGCUUACUGUGUCAUCUGAGUGCCUGGGAAACGCCUGUAACGCGAAACUGACUUAUUCCUGGUCUUUGCUGUACUUGGAAUUAGACGAAGGCACAAAAUCAGUUUGGAAAACCAACAGCUCACUAAUGAAUCCGCGCUACAUCUCACCAUAUGGAAGCUUUCCAAUCAUUGUCAUAAAGAAAAAUGUUCUACAAGGAAACAGACUUUACAAACUUGCUGUGAAAGGAACUCUGCCAUCUGGUAGCUAUGGACGUGCUUCUCAUGUUUUUGAAGUCAAUGCUCUUCCAAGGGACGGGACAUGUGACAUUGAGCCACGUGUCGGUCAUGUGCUGACCACGCGGUACAGGCUCUGGUGCAUUGGCUGGCAUGACCCUGAUGGUCCCUUUAGGUACGAGAUUUACCACGUUCGUGGAAAAGAGGAAUCGCCUCUGUAUUACGGAACAGAUGCAGCAACAAUCAUUUCACUUCCAUUAGGGGACGGAGAGAAUUACACUAUGAAUAUCACAGUUCGCGUCUCCGACAGAUUAGGCGCAGCAUCAUCUGUGAGGCUUCAACUUCAGUCACUUCCUCCACUCCUUAAAGGCACCCAGCUUAUAAAUCAGCUGUUCGACUUGAUAUUGGAUACGAACCAGGAUAUGCUGCGUAAUGCUAUGAGCAUUAGCUCUGUUUUAAACUACCAAGCAGGACAAGACACUCCCGAGCUUGCAGAACAACGAAAGAAGAUACGCGAACUGCUCAUAUUUGCAUUGGUGAAGGAAACGACUCCUUCUGGUCAGGCCGUUCAGCUUUUAUCUGCGUCUCUCCAAGAAGCCACUCAAGUAACCAGUGAAGUAUCAUACGAGGCACAGGAAGCAGCUACCUCAGCGCUGGACAAAAUGGCUGCUGUAUUUGAGAGUGAGUCCCCCGAGACAAGCUCUGAUUCGUUGGAAACAGCUGCUGUCGGAAUGUGUGGAACUAUCGGAAAUUUGCUUGACGUCGCCUCAGAAAAUGCCGCUGUCCAUCAGCCAAACAGCACGAAUCAGACGUCAUCAGAAAAUGUCAAAGAACAAGCUGACAAUGAGACUAUGCACUCAAAGAGUAAGGUUUUGGUAAAUAAAUUAUUCAAAGUUGUGGAUUCGUUGUCAACGUCAGUGCUCAGAACAAAGGUACCCUACGAAGAAGCUACAGUGAUAAUUUCCCCACGACUUGCUCUAAACCUGAAGAGCACCGCUCCCUCUGGGACUGGAGGGAACGUGAACACAGGAUUUGCAAGCUUUAAUGUGCCAAAAGGAAAAGACUUGCUCCGUAAUGCAAGGCCAGGAUUGACAUCUGUUAAUCAAAAGGUAAUGUAUACGCCAAAAAAUUACCAUACCUACCAUAACUCAUCAAGGGACAUCAAUACCCCUGUUGUCAGCCUUUCUUACGAAGACAAGGAAAAGAAAGAGUUGAUUUCAGUUUCUAACCUCAGAAAAUACAUCGAAUAUUUUUUGCCUGCUCCAGAUGUCCUGCCGGAACCGAAUAAAUACAACGUAAAUGUCACAGCAGAAGAAACCUGGGCGUAUCACAAACUAGUAAUUUCCUCCAAAGACGAAGCAGUUAGCAUCGAAGUCACGCCAUUCAACUGCAGUCACAAACUUCGUCUUCACGUUCGAGAAAACCGUCAUCCAACCAAGGAAAAAUUUUCGUGGCGAAAAGAAAUCUGGCACUCUGCUACCGAAGUUCCGUCAAACACUAGCUACUCAGCAUGUUUUAAGGACUAUUCUCAUUACACACUUUUCAUAUCUAACACAAGACUAAAACAGUCUACCUACUUUAUUGGUGUUUGGUAUUCAAGUGGGAAAGAGGACAUGAGAAGUUCCAACGAGACUGCUGUAAUGAAGUACUCCAUUAGAGUUUACAAAUCAAAAUGCCUCUAUUGGAACCAGCGACAACAGGCAUGGGAGGGCGACGGCUGUUUUGUUGGACCAUUUACAAGUCCAAAGCGAAUUCACUGUAUGACAAAUCAUCUAACAUCAUUUGGAUCUGGAAUGAUCGUAGCACCAAAUCCAAUCGAUUUCAGAAAAGCCUUGGCAGGGUUUGCCGACGCCUUUCAAAGUGGUAAUGUUGUAGUAAUGUUCACUAUCAUUACCUCGUUGAUGGUAUACUUGGUGCUGGCUAUAUGGGCUCGGACAGUUGACAAGAGAGACGCCAGACAGGUCGGUGCUACCAUUCUUCCUCCCAGUCGACCAAACAGCCAGUAUUUGUACGAGGUCUACUUUGUUACAGGGAGCCGUAACGGUUCUGGUACGACAGCACAUGUUGGCUGUGAGAUUUUUGGAGAGGAUGACGACAGUGGCCCGUGCUUUCUGCUAGAUGCCAACAGACCACUUUUUAGAAGAGGGGAUCUAAAUGUUUUCAUCUUAUCCGUACCGCGUAGUUUUGGGGUCAUUCGAGGAAUUAAGAUUUGGCAUGAUAACAGUGGUUACAGUCCAUCAUGGUUCUUAUGCCGAACGAUGCUCAGAGACUGUCAGACUGACGAGAAGUGGAUUUUUCUCGCAGGGCCUGCAGGCCGUUGGCUGGAUGUAGCAGAGGAAGACGGGAAAAUAGACGUAUUCCUCAACCCUGCAAGCGAACUCGACAUGAUCUCCUUCAAAAAGCUCUUCAACACAGAAGUACGCAAGGGGAUUUGUGACAACCAUCUUUGGUUUUCGUUGGCCUAUCGACCUCCAAGAAGUCCAUUUACUCGGCUUCAGAGACUCUCUUGUUGUCUCUCUCUAUUGUUCACCUUCAUGAUCACUACAGCAAUGUUUUAUGGAUCAGGUUCUGAAGCAGGGGACACGUCCUCGUCUGUUCAGUUUGGACCCAUAAAGCUUAACAUGCGCACGGUCAUGAUUGCUAUAGAGAGUGCAUUGAUUGCAAUUCCAGUUAACAUUCUGAUAGUGGCCUUCUUUAGGAACUCCAAAGCGAAGGGGAAAAGGUCAAAAGAAAACAAAUGCUGUCACGGAGACACUAAUUCUCAAGCGUCUGAGCAGGAAACAGAAACUGACUCAAUCAACAGCGAUUUGCAUAAUUUAACCAGAAGCAUGGAAAAGGAUCGGGAUCUUGACGAUAUACAAUGCCAUAUCAAUGAUGAGGAUGUCUUUCAGAAAAGGAUAAAAGCAGACAGAACUGGUUCUGAAAGAGAGAAGUCAUUUGUUUCAACUGAAGAGACUGAGAGCAUCGAUGAUGAAUCUCUUCAAGACGCCCAAAAUCCAGGAUUUCUUGAAAACCUGCGUGGAAAGUUCCAAAGCGAUGGAGGACCCUGUUUUCCAUAUUGGUGUGUAUAUGUUGGUUGGGUGUUGUGCAUCUUGACUGUUUCGCUCUCUUGUGUGUUCACAUUAUUUUACAGCAUGAUGUGGGGGAAGGAAAAGUCAAACAUGUGGUUGACAACAAUGGCUAUUUCGUUCAUCCAAGAUACGCUUAUCAGUCAGCCAUUAAAAGUGGUUAUUGUAGCUUUGAUCUUUGCGGUGUUCUUUAAGUCAGCUGAUGAUGAAGACUAUUUUGAAGAAUCUCAAUCCGCACAAGAAGUGUCAAACGAAGAGGAAAUACAUCAAGAGCUUUCAAAUGAGGAACUGGCCCAGUACCAUCCCCCUCCGAAGGAAAUUCUGAGAAUUUUAAGGAUCAAAGAGAUCCGAAGACGAGAGACCAUCAAAAUUUUCACAGAUAUUUGCUUGUAUGUUAUUUUGCUGGCAAUGGUGAUGAUUCUAAGCUUCCAAUAUAGGAACCCAGCAUCGUACAAGAUGAUCAACACUUUGAGGCGGUUGUUUGUAAAUCCUAUGCACAAUAACAGUCGCGUGCGGUUUGAACAGGUGAACACUGUGAAUUCCAUCUGGGACUGGAGGAGGCAGACCCUAUUACCAGGAUUAUUCCCGGAGAAAAUUUACGAGGGCUUGCCCAACGAGCCGUACAUGGCUGACAGAAUGUCGCUGCAGCUGGGUGUAGCGAGACUGCGCCAAGUUCGUAUUCAGAAAGGUACCUGUUCAGUUAACAAAUGGUUUGACGACAUAUUUCAUGAAUGUAACGGAUUUUAUUCAAUGCUAAAAGACGACACUAAGUUUUAUGAUUCUCGUUGGGAGAAUGCAACAGUUAAACCCAAGAAUACUGAUAACAGGAACUUGUUUUCAUUCUCGUCCGGGACGUCUGAUCACAGACAUACCCCGUGGCAGCAUAUGGACAAUUUCGCUGCCCAUCAUGUAUUGCCAGUCAUUGGGAAAUUUGCAACUUACAGUGGAGGUGGUUAUGUAAUUAUUCUGAACCAGAGUACAGACACUCCUGAGGAACAACUGCACUGGUUGGAUAGUCGCACCAGGGCUCUCCACGCCGAAUUCGUUGCCUACAACCCCAGCAUCAACAUGGUUGCUGCCGUAACGAUUACGUUUGAGCUCCCACCUUUGGGUGGGGUAUAUAAAAGUUUCGAGGCAUUCACUGUUAGCAUGUAUGGUUCUUUGCGGAAACAUCCAGCUGCAAGAAUAAUCGGUGAAGUUACAGCUGCUGUUGUGCUUGUCUUUAUGAUAUAUCGCGCUGUCUUUACGAUAUUUCACGACAAGUGUCAAUAUUUCAGAGAUGCAUCGAAAGUUUUGGACCUUAUCUUCGUAUUUACGGGUAUUGUAAUCGUGUUUUUGAAAGUUUUAAAGGAGGGAUUAAAAAACCUGGCCACUGAUCAGUUCAAAGAGGAUCCAAAACAAUACCUUGAUUUUUACCAGUGUGGCUUCUACGAUGAGUUGACCGACUAUGCUUUCGCUUUCCUCAAUUUUAUAGCCAUUGUUAGAUUUUCGUUUUUCCUGAAAUUGCUUGGGUGCUUGGAGCACAUUUUAUUGACCAUUGCGGGUUGUUUUUACGAGCUUCUUGCGUGUCUUGUUGUGUUUUUCUGCCUCAUGAUGGCGUUCACGUCCUUGUUUUCCAUUGCCUUCCACGGCGACAGUGAUGAUUUUAAGGAUUUCUCAAGCUCAUUGCAAACCUCGAUUUCAUACAUGGCGCGCAUGGUUAGAACUGAGGAGGUCGUGACCUCACAUACAGUUUUACGAGCAGUGGCGUUAUUCUCAUGUUGUGCGACUCUGAUCUUCUUUUACUUGACUGUAAUUCGCUCGAUUUUCAUUGUAGGUUACAGGAAAACGGUAAUGAAAGAUCGUGGAAAGGUGAAAGAGAAAUCGUUUGAGUCCGGAGUUUUCGAAAUUUUAAAGGAUAAGUUUCGAGAAUUGGCGGGUAUUGAAAAAGAGAAUAAAGUAAUUGUCCAAGAGGAAGAAGAUACUCAUGAAGUGAGGUUAAAGGCUCUUGUAAAUUACAUCACUAAAAGUCAGUUUUUGCGAAUUCAGCUUUUCGUUAACGAGGUUUACACAGAUGAUUUUGCAGAAGACCUGAGCCUUUUCGAGGAGGUACCUCUAAAGAAGAGGCAUCAACAUUCCAUAAAUAAAGAUACUGGCGUCCAGGAAGAUCACAAUUUAAGAAGAGCGGAAACGUCCAAGCCCACAACGGAAGUCAAUCAAGAUUCGAUUCCUGAAGAUAUGCAGAGUAAAAGUAAGCAAAAGUUUCGUGUGGCUUUCGACCUCCCCGGCGAAAACGACAGAGCCACCACAAGAAUUACAACAUUUAACGAAGAAGGUGAGCUUGGAGGUAACAAUGUCUCAAGAGACAACAAUACGGAAAUGCCAAACGAAACAGAGAAGUUGAAUACACUUGAGAAAUUAAUUGAAGAGAAAAUAAGAGGUUUGCAGACGCGUAAAGAGGAUUCUACACUGCCUUCAGACUUUGGAUCCGUCGAAAAGGAGAUACAGAUGCUUACAAGACUACAACAAAGGAUUGAUGCAGCAAGAAUACAAGGAACACCAUCAACGCAACCCUCUCAAGAAAAAGUCACAAAAGAUUGAUCACAAAACCAAGUUCCAUCAUGUUUCUAGUAACUAUGUGGACUUGCAGAAUACCUGUGACAAUGGUUAGCAUAUCUUUAAUUAAGUGCGUACAUGUGUUGAAAAUCUUUCUAUUAGUAAACAGUAGUCUUUGGAUUCUAAAUGGCGGUAGUCUUUGGCAGAUAAAAAUUCGGGGGAGUCUCCUUAAAUCAGACCAACUUGCUAAGUGAUUGGCAUCGUGACCACGAAUGACCACUAUGCUCUCGUGAGCUUUCAGUUUAACUACAAGUUUCGAGCAAUUAAAAAUUGACGCAAAAAUCAGUGUAAAUAAGUGUGCUGGCUCGUCUCGUCAAA